AUGGCGUGGCAAGCAUCCGGGCCAAGGAAGAAGCCGCUCCCCUCAGGCCACAAACAAGAUGACUCGAGCUUUCCGGGGCUCAAGCCGGCGGCGGCGGACACGACAACCAAGAUUGAAUACGAGGAGCUCCAGCAGAAUGAGCUGCUGGCUCUCGAAGCUAUAUACGGUGAAGACUUUGUGAAACAUGGCGAUGCCCAGAGUGCCUGGAAGAAAACUGAACCGGCGUUUGACAUUCACAUCAGGGCGUCGACUGAUGAGGAUUUCGAGGCAACUAUUGGCUUUGUCAUGACGGCCACCUAUCCCAAGACGCCACCUCUUCUCACCAUCCGCGGCCUCGGCGGCCUCCGCGAGGCCACUCAGUUCAAGAUCCAGAAGUUCAUCACGACGCAGCCAAAGGUCUUUGCCAAGGACGAGCAAGAAAUGAUCGAUAAGAUCGUAGAAGGCGUGAGAGAUAUUUUGGAAGAUGCGGCCCAGGCGAAAGCCACUGGGAAGCACAUGCCAUCUCUCGAGGAGGAGCGCGAGACCCACGAGGCAAGCCUGGCAAAGCUUGUGCAGGAGCAAAAGGAGCUCGAUGAGCGACGAAAGCAAGAAGAAACGAAAGAAGAGGAGAGGGUCAUGUCGCAGAUGCUCCAGAAACAGCUUGACCGCCAGAGACAGAAGGCAAAAGAGUCCAGGCUUAGCCGUCGUCCUAAUGUCUCCGACCCCGGCCGCACCACCCAGGAUAGCAUGGAGCGAAUCGAGUUUGACCAGUUCUGCGACUCCACCGACAGGGACGGCAACGCCAUCUCCUUCCGCUCCGUCGCCGGGAAAUGUGACGCCCGUCGGGGGCAAGUCUCCAUCGUCUACUCGGUACGCCCAGUGCUCGCCAACGGACUCAGCAACCAGACGCUGGCAUUAAAGGAGGCCAUUGUGAGGUCGACCGGCAAGGACCCCAACGACUUCAAGAAGCAGCUGCAAUCUCUGGAGACGCGACUUCAGCAUCUCAAGACGACCAAACACAUCCAUCAUCGCCAUCUCGUCGACAUCAUAGGCUUCAAAGUCCAGAGCGGAUCGCCGGACGAUCCAGAUGCGUCAAACACGUGGACGUUGAGAAUAUUGUCUCCGCUGGCGGAGAAAGGCUCUCUGGAAGAGCUGUUGGAGCUAGCCGGACAUCUCGAUAUCAGCAAAGUGCGGUCGUGGACAAAGGAUCUUCUGGAUGCGCUAAACUUCUUGCAUAACAAGAACAUCGUGCACCAAGACAUUCAUCCUCGAAAUAUUCUCCUCUUCCGCGAGUCCACGGGCGAGAUCGUGCCCAAGAUCGCCGAUGCAUCGUAUCAACGGGAGAUACACAACGCGAGCUCUCAGAAGACCGAUCUUCCUGCCCUCAACUCGCCCAGAUCAGCCUAUUGGCUCCCGCCGGAGAUUGCCGCCGUGCCUAAGCCGCAGUACACAUACAAGACGGACAUUUGGGACUUUGGCGUCGUGUUCGUCCAGAUGAUUUUUCGCCUCGACGUUCUCCAAACGUACUCGUCGCCCAAGAAAUUGAUGGAGUCGCUUUCGCUUUCUCAGUCGCUACAGGAACUCGUGAGCAGGUUCUUCAAAGAGGAUAAGCAGAAGCGCCCCCGAGCCUUUGAGCUGGGAGCCAGCGAAUUUCUCGCCACGGAUGCACCCAUCGUGCUCGAGGGCACCUCGGACUUCCUCACGGCUGCGCCGCCCUCGGCUUCGCUGCAGGCGUUCCCCAUGAGAAUGAGGCGGGAAUCUAUGAACCGAACCGCCGCGAUAUCCCGAUACGCCGAAGAUUUCGUGGAAGAAGCCCGCCUAGGGAAGGGAGGUUUUGGGGAGGUCGUCAAGGCACGGGGCAAGCUCGACGGGCAGACGUAUGCCAUCAAGAAGAUCACGCAACGAUCGCAAGCUAGCCUCACUGAGAUUCUGAAAGAAGUCCGCCUACUUUCCCAGCUGAGUCAUCCCUCCGUUGUGCGUUAUUACAACACCUGGAUCGAGGAAGUGGAAGACUUGGCAGACACCGAUGGAGAGACCUCGACGGACGAAUACACCGAGGAUUCCCGGUACUCGGGCUCAGCUGGUAUAGAUGUUCAGUUCACCACGAGCACCGGCGGACUGGAUUUCAUGUCUUCAAACGCAAAUGUCGAGUUUGGAUACGAUGAUGACGAGAGCGAUGCCAUCGAGUCAGAGGAAGAGUCCGACGUCGAGUCCGAUGAUGACGACGAAAGUUCGAUUCUGGGAGACGCGACGGGGCAUGCCUUGGCCUCCGGAAAGGCUCUGCAGCGACAAAGUGCCCGGUUCAGGAGACAGUUCCGGACGAUCCUUUACAUCUCCAUGGAAUAUUGCGAAAAACGGACCCUACGAGAUCUCAUCUCGCGUCAGCUGUACAAGAACACGCCCGAAAUCUGGCGUCUCUUCAGGGAGAUUCUGGAAGGCCUGGCCCACAUCCAUGCACACAGUAUUGUUCACCGCGAUCUCAAGCCAGAAAACAUUUUCAUCCGUAGCGGCGUUGACGGCGUCGACAAUGUCAAGAUUGGAGAUUUCGGCUUGGCAACGAGCGGCCAGUUUUUGAUCGACAGGGUCGCCACCCACGGUCUUGAAACAGAUGAUAUGACGAGGAGCAUUGGCACUGCGUACUAUUCGGCACCGGAGGUGAGGUCUGCCUCAAGCGGCAUGUACAGUACCAAGGUCGAUAUGUACUCCCUGGGAAUCAUCUUCUUCGAGAUGUGCUAUGAGCCCAUGCUGGGCAUGCAAAAGGCCGAUGUCAUCGGCAAGCUUCGGCAGCCCAAACCAGUGCUGCCUCCCGAUUUCAAGCCUGAAGAGAAGGUGCAGACCGACAUCGUGCUGUCUCUCGUUAAUCACAACCCAAAGGAGCGACCGCCAGCUGCCGACUUGCUGAAGGGCGAUAUGCUGCCGGUUGAUAUGGAAAGCGAGGUGAACAGGCGGAUUGUAUCUGUGCUGACUGACCCGAGCUCCCCCUAUUAUCGAAAAGUUCUCCGCACCUUGUUUUCUCGGCCCGUAGAGCCAGCCAAGGACUACGCCUGGGACAUGUUUGCGACGACGAACCCGAACCCGGCUGAGCUGCUGAACCAGGGCGUCGUGAAGAGUACGCUAACCUCCAUCUUCAUGCGUCACGGGGCCUUGGAGAUGCCGCGCAGCCUGAUAUACCCCAGGUCUGCGCAUUACGGAGACAACGUCGUGCAGCUUCUCGAUACCAACGGCACGGUGCUUCAACUACCAUACGACUUGACCAUGGGGCACGCCCGCAUGAUGGCCAAACAAAAGAACCCCUUGACCAUACAGAAAACGUUUACCUUUGGCAGCGUAUUUAGAGACAGGCACGACACCGGACAGCCUCACAUGUUUGGUGAAGUGGACUUUGACAUCGUCACUCGCGACGCCUUGGACCUAGCCCUGAAGGAGGCAGAAGUCCUGAAGGUACUGGACGAGAUCGUGCUGGCAUUCCCAUCGCUAUACUCUGGCCAGAUGUGUUUCCAUGUCGGCCACUCAGAUCUGUUGCAGCUCAUAUUUGAGCAUUGCGGGAUCUCCCAGGCCUGCAGGAGACCCGCGGCAGACGUGCUGAGCAAGCUGAACAUUCACAAUCAUACGUGGGAGAAGAUCAGGAUGGAACUGCGAUCUCCUACGGUGGGCGUCACCGCCACGAGUGUCGAGGAGCUUGCUCGGUUUGACUUUCGAGACUCUCCGAACAAGGCAUUCGCGAAACUCGACAAGCUGUUCGAAGGCACCGACAUGUACCAACGAGCCUCGCCAACGAUAGCGCACAUCAAAGAGGUUGUGGAAUACACCAAGCGCUUCCACGUGUCGACCAAGGUGUAUGUCAACCCAUUAAACAGUCUCAAGGAAAGCUUUUUCGUCGGGGGCAUCUUGUUCUCCUGCCUCUACGACAAGAAGACAGGCAAGGACGUGUUUGCAGCUGGCGGUCGUUAUGAUCAUUUGAUCAAAGAACAACGACCCGAAACCGGGGGGCGCGUGGAGGAGAGGCAUUCCGUCGGGUUCAGCCUGGCGUGGGAAAGACUUGCCAGGAUUCCCAAAACGAGAGGCAAAUCGUUCCUCAAGAAGGCUGACGAGGAUGCCCGGCCACACAACGUCCUCUCCGGUCAGCGAUGCGAUAUUCUCGUGGCGAGCUUUGACAGGUCGCUGCUCAGAUCCACGGGACUCGAAAUCCUUCAAAUGCUUUGGUCCCACGACGUACGCGCCGAGCUCGCCAAGGACGCUCGAUCGCCCGAAGACUUGCUCUCCCAAAACAGGGACGAGACGUACUCGUGGAUCGUCAUCAUCAAGCAGGAUUCCAUGCUGAAAAUCAAGUCGAUGGGAGAGCACGACGUCCCCUACGUCGACCUACCGAUGACGCACUUGAUGGCGUGGCUGCGACCGCAUCUCCAUCUCCGCGACCGGGAAUCGAAGGGGUCGAAGGCUUCGACGAAGAUGAGAGGUAGCGCAUCACAGGCGGAGGCGGCCACAUCCGUUGCCGAGCGCGACCAUGGGCAGGAGGUCAAGGUGUUGGUCGCACAAACGCGGAGCAAGAAGUUCAACCGACGAACAGUGGUCGAGCAGGCGCAAGUCAGCGCUUCCAGGCUGGUGCAGUCCUUCCUGGACGGGCCCAUCCUGGCCGUCGAGACGACGGACCAAGUGAUGGAUCUCAUCCGACAGACGGCCAUCACGGACCAAGACAGCUGGCGCAAGGCCGAGAAUGCAGUGACAACGACGGAGAAGAAGUAUCUGCGGGAGCUACACGACCAGCUCAGCACCUGGCGGCUCGCGUUUGAGCGCAGUAACGGAACGAGACACGCGUUCAUUUACAAUUUCCGGACGGGGACGUGCCUGUACUACGAUCUGGGCGACUAG